GUUUACUUAGCCUGCUAUCUGGCAACGCCGCAGCGACGUCUUAAACUGAAUUUGCGAGGCAAUUAAUUGAAUUAAUUUCCUUUCCUACAGCCGUAGUGCAAUGAUAUGCCGCCUGUGCCUGGACGAUGCGGAGCACAGCGUGCCAAUCUUCGACCAGGAAGACUCCGGCGAUCAGCCGGUGCCCUCCAAUCUGGCGGAGCUAAUUGAGAAGCACCUGCAGUUGGUGCUCCUGCCCAACGAUGGGGUGUCCAAGAGCCUCUGCACCCAAUGCUGGCAGCAGUUGGCCGACUUCGAGCAGUUCUGCGCCAUGGUGAUGAAGAAACAGUUGGGCCUACAGCAACUGAAGAUGGAGCCGUUCUCUGAGGACGAGGAUGCGGACACAAAGGCACAGAUCCUGUGCGAACCGGAGAUAGAUGUGAGUCCUGCGGCCGCGGACAACGAGGAGUGUAACGAAAUCGACGGGGACGCCAGUAGCAGCAGCAGUAGGAGCAGUAGCGUCCGAACGUCAUCGCGACGGGGAAUGCGCCUGCCCUCGCCCAUUAGACGCAGCAUGCGUCUACCCCGGACAGUCACAGCACCCAAAACCCAGACGGUCAAGGCCAAGGCCAGGACGAAGCCACACAAAGAGGAGGCCGACGACGAUGAGGAUGCCGAGGGCGAUGCGGAGAGCCGCAGCACCAAUAGCCGGGAAAUGGACAGCUAUAUCGCUCUGCACGGCCGUUUGGAGUGCUGCAUUUGCGGUGGCGACGAUCAGUUUCCCAAUUUUGCCGAGAUGAAGCGGCACUUCCGGAAUCAUCACCAGUCCCUUGGAUAUGUGGUCUGCUGCCAGCGGCGCUACAAGAAGCGUGCCCUCUACGUGGACCAUCUACACAUGCACAACGAUCCGAAUUACUUUAGGUGCAAGAUCUGCUCCAAGCAACUGGUCAGCCGAAUUAGCUACGAUGUACACAUGCUGCGCUUCCACCCCAACAAGGACGACCUGAGCUUCGCAUGCGAUCAGUGCUCCAAGCGGUUUUCCAAGCAGUUCCUUCUCACCAUUCACUCCAGGGUGCACCAGCAGGAGCGCAACGAGCAGUGCAAGCACUGCGACAGAUCCUUCCGCACUGCCGUUGAUCUGCGACUGCACAUGCGACGCACUCAUGACCCAGCCUUCGUGCCUUUUAUCUGCGACUCGUGCGGCGCCAAGUUCAAGACGAAGCAGAACCUGCUAGUGCACAAGCGGACCGUGCAUCGCGAGGGCUCCCAGCUGCCGGAGGUACAGUGCCAGGAGUGCCAGGUGUGGCUGUCCGACGAGAACAGUUUGCGCAAGCACAUGUACAUGCAUCUCGAUGCCGCCUCGCUGCGGCAGUGGAAGUGCGAGCAGUGCGGCUUGGAGAAGGGAUCGCGAGCUAAGCUGGCGGCUCACAUACGCUACCAUCAUCCAAAGGAGUACCACAAAUGCACGCACUGCGCCAAGGAGUUCAAGAGCAGUCGCAGCCUCGAGGAGCACACGGCCACGCAUACCGGCCAGGAUUUGUAUGAGUGCGCCUUCUGCGAGCGCACCUUCAAGAACUCGGGAAACAUGCACAAGCACCGCCGCCAGAUGCACGCCGCCCAGGUGGCCGCCCUGCAGCAGCAGAAGAAAGUGCCACCCAGUAAGCGCAAGGACAAGGGUGAUCUUCUACUCGACGUCCUGGCCGCCGGAGGCAAGGAAGUAAACCGGGUCAUGGGUGUGGGACACAUGAAUGACUGAUUGAUUCUAAAAACCAAAUAAACUAGAUGGGAAUGAUAUGAAA